CCUCCUCUGCCGCGUUCCUUCCCCUCCCUCGAAGGCUAUCUCUCGCUACGACUCUCGCUCCUCUCUCUUAGUCGAUCGUCGGCGAGGGAGGGCUAUGGAGAGCGAGCGUGGAGCGACGACGGCCGCCGCCCCGUCGCCCCGGAAGCCGCGGCCGGAAAGGUCCCAGCUGGCCCGUCGGCACGUUCUUUGCGGCGCGAGUUUCGCAAUCGUAACCGCGCUGCUCCUCUCAGUGCUGGGACGACCGGGGAGCAGCAGAGACGGCGCCAAGGUGCGGCGGCCCUCCUCCUCCUCCAAUGCGGACGUGUACGAGCAGGGCGAGCUCACGCCGCUCCAGCGGCACGUCGCCUUCUUCGACCGGGACAAGGACGGCGUCAUCUACUCCUCCGAGACCUACGAAGGGUUCCGCGCGAUCGGGUGCGGCGUGCCGCUGUCCGCCGCCGCCGCCAUCUUCAUCAACGGCGGGCUUGGUCCCAAGACCAUACCGGAGAACGAGAAGACCCCACCUUUCAAGCUCCCCAUUUAUGUGAAGAACAUCCACAAGGGCAAGCACGGAAGUGAUUCUGACGUGUAUGAUGCCCACGGAAGGUUCGUUCCUGAAAAGUUUGAGGAGAUCUUCAAGAAGCAUGCCCACACCAGGCCUGAUGCCCUGACAGGCAAAGAGCUCCAGGAGCUGCUCGAAGCAAACAGGGAACCUAAAGACUUCAAAGGAUGGUUGGGUGGCUUCACGGAAUGGAAGGUGCUGUACUACGUGUGCAAAGACAAGGAUGGGUUUCUCCACAAGGACACUGCAAGGGCAGUCUACGAUGGUAGCCUGUUCGAAAGGUUGGAGAAUGAGAGGAAGUCUAAGGAGUCUACUAGCUAAGAAGAAAUGAAGAAGUUCAUAUACGCCCUAGUGCGAAAGGGUUUGUAAAUUAUUGAGAGAGAGUGUGUGUGUGGGGGUGGGGGGUGGGGUUUAAAUUAAUAUCCUAGUUUUGAUUGACUCUAUAUGUUUAUCAAUUCAUCUUCUAUGUAACAAGAACAUAUUCUCUCCUAAAUAUACCAAAAGUAUUUUGUGAAUUAAGGCAUGUAAGUGAAUUAGUUGUGAGUUGUGAAAGCCCCUCAUAUUCUCAAUUCACGUUUCAGUGCCUUUUAUUUUGAAAUUGUUUGUACUUCAUAAACAUUUGGCAUAGCUAUCCAAUGCAAGGACAUUCUGAAUAUAUUCCUUCCGUUGUGUC